AUGCGAGAUGCACCACCAAGGCUGACGAAGGCCGCCGCAUGCACCCCUAUCCAGCCCCGCUCUGCCGGGCCCCACCACCAGCUAAGAAGAGGAGGCCUGACAGAUGAUCCUGCGUUUGACUCCCUGGAAUAUUCAUCAAGCGAAGCAGGCUGUGAAGCCGGAGUCACGCUGUGGGUGAAGACCCCGCUGCGAAUUGCUUUUAAAAAUCUCAUGCUUGUCUUCACCCUAAUGGCCGAGUCUGUCUUGCGCUUCAUGCCACACUCUUGCCGCCGCCACCAUAGAGUUAGAGUCAAACCCACUAAACUUUCAGCUAACAAGACCCUGCUCCAGGGGAGCCACAGUCAAUGUCUGGGGCUGACCCCAGCAGAAUCGGUGGGUGGCUCAGAUUCACCCGAAAGGAACCAAGGGCUCCCCAUUCACCUGUCCGGCCUUUCCUUUGCAGGUUCAAACAGACAUCAACGGCAUGCGAAGACUGUGCCGGCCAGGCCUCCUAGCCGGAGAAUCAAGCCCAGCAUUUCGGAAGAAGCGGCCGAGAAAGGGAGCCAUCUCCAAUGCCGCUCGGCGCUGGCGGCCGUUCCCACAGAGCGUGCAGCUCUUUUGGGAUGCGCCCGCACACCUUUGUCCUUCACCUUGCCUUUGAAAACUCUUUGUUGUGUCUUUAAUCUCUCCGGGGGAGAAACGAGUCAGGUGGCCCGUGUUUGUGACGCCUUGCAAGAGAGUGGAGAAUUCGAACGCCUGGCCCGCUUCUUGUGGUCUCUCCCUCCGUCGCUCACCCUCCGGCAUCACGAAGGCCUCAGCUGUGCCCACUCCACCUGGCAGGACUCCGAGUUGCUAGGCAACCCGCCGCCUUUGGCCUCAUGGCUGGCCCCUUACUGCAACCAAACCCCCGCUGCUUUCCACCUGGAACCCUUCCGGACCCUCAGGCCCGGAGACCGGUUUUUGGGACCGCUGGCCGAUCGUCCUCCUCCUACGCACAAGAAACUGCCGUCUCUGUCACGGGAUCCAGUCCAAGACAGGGAACAGAAAGUGAACGGCUUCAAGGAAAGGACACGGAAUCUACUGCGGGAGUGGUAUCUCCAGGAUCCGUACCCCAACCCCUCCCGUAAAAGGCACCUGGCCCAGGCUACGGGGCUCACCCCCACACAGGUGGGAAACUGGUUUAAGAACCGACGGCAAAGGGAUCGCGCUGCAUCAGCCAAGAACAGGCUUCAGAAGGAGCCCGGUGAAUCUAAGGACCCUCCUCGAAACGAGAGCCCGCCUGGUGCCCCCUGCCAACCAGAGGACAGAAAUACGCACACUAAACAGGGGGGUCCCACUGAACCCACCGAUGACAAAAAGAACAACCAGGGAGCGUUGAAGAAUUGGAGAAACUAACCUGUGCGGGGGCUUUUGAACCCAAGAAAUGACUAGAGGAGGGUGGGAGGUAGGGGGAAAUACGCGACGGUUGGGGGCAGAGAAGGCCACUCAAACGCCGUUGCCCUAGACACGCUGUGGAAUGCCGACAGCUUGCAUUAUAAGAAGAGAUGAGUUCCCUUCUGGAUUCUGGCAUUUCUCUGCAGCGGAGAAAGCUUUGCAAAGUUCCCGAUGUGGAAGAGACAAACAUUGUGGUACCCCAGCUAAAAACAACAACAAACCAUUGACUUGCGAGAAACAAGAGAAAUCAAAUGCAAGCAGAGGCGAGUUUUGGACACAGGCUAGGACGUAGCUUCUCUGGUGCCUCUUUGCAGUUUCUGAGACAGAGAGAGCAAAGUUCCACUCCCCCACCCCGCAAUUCCCCUCUGCAGACCCAUCUGUGAUUUUGAGAAAAUCCCUUCAGACAGCCGUGGGAGUCAGCCAGGUUAACAGGGCAUUUCAUUUAGCGAGACAGCCGGAAAACAUUGAGACUGUUGCGAGGGACAAGCGAGAGAGAAAGAGAGAGCUUGUGAGCGUGUGCAUACAUGUUUAGGAGGAGAAUUUGUGCUCAAAGACGAGCGGCUGAGGGUAAUCCAUGGGGCGGGGGGGUGCACCAUCAGGCUUGGCUGCAGGGUUGCCCACAGCCAGGGGAUGGGUGGAGAUCUCCUGGGAACCCACCCUCCCUGUCCCCAAUCCCUGGCCUUUAUGAAGGAGACUCCAACAGUAUGCCCACCACUUCCUCUUCCGACCUCCCUGAGGGUUGGCCCACCCUCUUGGGCCAGGUUGGCAUCUACCUCCUUAAGAAGAAGAAGAGUUUGGAUUUAUACCCCACCUUUCUCUCCUGUAAGGAGACUCAAGGUGGCCGACAAGCUCCUUUCCUUUCCCCACAACAGACAC